CAAUUCUAGAGUAUCUAUGUGAACCCGUGAACAAUCACCUAUUCCUUAUUAUUAUUCUGUGUAUCUAUCUAUUUACCAAACAAAGAAACAAUCAAUCAAUAUGUCCCGUUCUUCCCAUCGGGAUGAUUUCUUUCAGACUACGGCUGCGCUUGACGACCAGAAGCGAAAAGACCUUAAAUCUAAAAAUACCAAUGGAGAUCCCAUCAGAUUACAAAGUAAGAUCUUGGCGGUUGUGGCAGACCCUCUGAAUCCUGGUGCCGUAUUCGUUGCGCAGAGUGGUGGCACGGUCAGGAAGAUUAUACUCGAAACAGGUGAAACGGCUGCGCUUUAUAAAGGACCAACGGCCCCCGUUACGAGCAUCUGCUUUAGCCCCGACGGUCGGUUACUAUUUGCUGGUUGCUGGGACAAAUACGUCUGGUGCUGGGAUGUGGCUUCGAAGGAAGUAAAACGAAAAUAUGAAGGUCAUACGGACUUUGUAAGAGCGGUGGUCAGUACCCGGCUCCAGGAAAAGGAUGUCCUCGUCUCUGGCGGGGCCGAUGCACAGAUAUUAGUCUUUGACAUUGAGAGCGGCGAACGGCUCUCUAUCCUCAAAGGACAUGCCAAGGGCAUCCAGGGGCUUGCUGUAGAUCCCGUCUCUUUAGAUUCUGACAGCCAGGAGCUUGUCGUCUUCAGCUCUGGCAGCGAUCGUGAAAUCCGUCAUUUCGACAUCGUCGGUGGUAGUAAAGACCUGACGGGCACCGAUGCUAUCCUAGUUCAUGAUACAAACGUGUACAAGCUCUUCUUUGACCGUGAUGCCGAUUUGUGGACUGCUUCUGCAGACAAAACCGUCAAGUGCCUCGCGAGAGACAAUGGGUGGAAGCCAAAUCUGACGAUAACUCACCCGGACUUCGUCCGAGAUGUAGUUGUUUACGAGCAGGGUGGCUGGGUCGUGACAGGUGGCAGAGAUGAAGAGGUUCGAGUAUGGAACCGAUCGACUGGACAGCUCCAUCAUACUUUCUCUGGUCAUUACGAGGAGAUCACGGGCCUCGUACUCCUGGGAUCAACGGUGGUCAGUGUCAGUAUCGAUGCCACAAUCCGUCGGUGGUCCUUGAAGCCCAAAGAUCUGCAGAUCGCAGUAGAGAAGGCCAAGAACACACCGGCUGAUGACGAGGAACAGCCAAAUACCGAAUCAAUGCUCACAGAGGAAGAAGAACGUGAGUUAGCAGAGCUCCUAGAAGAGGAUUGAUUCGGGAAUUCACAGGCGAGCUGUGACUCCAUACUCAUCAUUAGUGAGAAGCAUUCCCUAUGAGCGGCUAAUCAUACC